AUGGAGUGUCAGAAGGGGUUCCUGGGUACCCUUGUGGUCCUUGCCACCUUUGUGGUUUCAUGCAAUGCAUAUUGCUAUAUCAUACCAAUCGAGAAAGUUUCAGGCAAAUCAACCACUGAAUGCAAGGAUGACAAUGGGAUAAUGCACCCUAUGAACACAGCAUGGGAAACAGAGAAAUGUGAGCGAUGUUCAUGCUGGAGGGAUGGAAUUCAAUGUUGUAGCAUUAUUUCUACACCUGUUGGUUACAAUUCAGACAAGUGCAAGAAAAUCUUCCACCAAGAGAACUGCAGCUACACUGUGGUGGAGAAGGACAACCCACAUGUGAACUGUGAUGUCGAUAGUUGGAUAAUGUAA